AUGAUUCGCCAGACGCUGGCAAACGUCACGGGUGGCGUCGAGUACGACACGCAGUACGCAGCGGACAUUUCCCAGCUUAGCGAAGCUGGUACACGAGAUGUCCUCAACAAGAUCAACACGUUGCUUCAGCAGUGUCCAGGCCACAAGUUCGCUCUUCUAGGCUACAGUCAAGGAGCGACAGUGACGACGGAAGCGCUGACCAGGAUACCGAACAACAGCGACGCGUUCAAGGCCGUCGUGGCGGUGGUGACGGUGGGCAAUCCUAGACACAACAAGAAUUUGCAGUCCAACUUUGAUACGGAUGGUGGCAAAUCUACGGCGCAGGGCUUCGGUCUGCUAUCCUACCUGCCACCCAUUCCCGGUUACUGGGACAAGAGCGGCAAGGUUUUGGACGUUUGUGCUCAUGGGGAUGGCGUUUGCGAUGUGACGAGCGGAAUCGGCGUCGGACCCGCUCACUUUCUGUACACCACCAGUCAAUUCACCCAAGAUAGGUCCACGGAGAUGAUGACCGCUGGAUUCAGGGACGGGGAAGCAAACUCCACGAGCCCGACUGGAAACAAUGGAGGCAACAACGGCAGCGACAAUGGAGGAAGCGGCGGCAACUCGGAUGCGGCCACUCACCUCUCUUCCGAUGCUUCUCGACACGCCACACUUCUCGUCGCUGGUCUAUUGGCUAUUGGCCUCUCCACCUUCUGA